AAAAUUUUGUGUGAAUAUGGGUGGAUUUGUUUCUAUUUGUCUAUGUGUGCAUCUUUGUGUGAAUAUGUGGUAUUUUAGAUGUUGGUUUCUAUAUUAUGUAUCUUUAUGAUUGUGUGUGUGUGUGUCCUGUGUGAAUCUGUGUGAUUUCUUUGUAUAAUGUGUCUGCAUAUUGUGUGUGUGUGUGUUUUGUUUGUGUUGUAUCUUAGGGUAUGUAAGUGCGUGUGUGGGUAGUUUGUUUUAACAUUCUUCUCAUAAUAUUUGUGUAUCUCUGUGUGUCUUUGGAUGUGUGUAUGUGUGUGUAUAGUGCUGUGUGUGUGAUCUGUGCGCAUGUUGUGUGUCUUUGUGCGGGUGCUUUGUUUAUGUUGUGUGUCUUUGGAUAUGUGUUGUGUAUUUGUGCAUGGAUAUAUGUAUGAUGUGUCUGUUUCUACACUAGGUGACCGCGAUGUUUGUGUUUUUUCAGUAGAUACUUGUGUGUGCAUAUAUGUGAGAUUUGUCUGUUUUUCCUUUGUGAGUUUUGGGAUAUGUCUCUCUUUGUGCGUGAAUCCUGUGUGGUUUGGUUGUGUUGUGUAUUUUGAUAUGUGCAUGUAUGGAUGGGUCCUGGUGCAUUUUGGUCUGUUUCUAUACUGCGUGCAUCUUACUCGGUGGCUCCAGCCCUGCUUGGGCCCUCGGGUGGGGGCUCCUGAGUCCAGGGGCGCCAGGAGGGGAGAGCCUAGGCGAGGACUUCUACCGCGAGGCCAUUGAGCACUGUCGCAGCUACAACGCGCGCCUGUGCGCCGAGCGCAGCCUGCGCCUGCCCUUCCUCGACUCUCAGACCGGCGUGGCUCAGAACAACUGCUACAUCUGGAUGGAAAAGACCCACCGCGGCCCUGGUUUGGCCCCCGGACAGAUCUACACGUACCCCGCGCGUUGUUGGAGAAAGAAACGGAGACUCAACAUCCUGGAGGACCCCAGACUCCGGCCCUGCGAGUACAAGAUCGACUGUGAGGCACCCCUGAAGAAGGACGGCGGCCUCCCGGAAGGGCCAGUCCUUGAGGCGCUACUGUGUGCUGAGACAGGGGAGAAGAAGAUUGAGUUGAAGGAGGAGGAGACCAUUAUGGACUGCCAGAAACAGCAACUGCUGGAGUUUCCACAUGAUCUUGAGGUGGAAGACUUGGAGGAUGACAUUCCCAGGAGGAAGAACAGGGCUAAAGGAAAGGCAUAUGGCAUCGGGGGUCUCCGGAAACGCCAGGACACCGCUUCCCUGGAGGACCGAGACAAGCCGUAUGUCUGUGAUAUCUGUGGGAAACGGUAUAAGAACCGGCCAGGGCUCAGCUACCACUACACCCACACCCACCUGGCUGAGGAGGAGGGGGAGGAGAACGCCGAGCGCCACGCCCUGCCCUUCCACCGGAAAAACAACCAUAAACAGUUUUACAAAGAAUUGGCCUGGGUCCCUGAGGCACAGAGGAAACACACAGCCAAGAAGGCGCCUGAUGGCACUGUCAUCCCCAACGGCUACUGUGACUUCUGCCUGGGUGGCUCCAAGAAGACGGGGUGUCCUGAGGACCUCAUCUCCUGUGCUGACUGUGGGCGAUCAGGACACCCCUCAUGUUUACAGUUUACGGUGAACAUGACGGCGGCCGUGCGCACCUACCGCUGGCAGUGCAUCGAGUGCAAGUCGUGCAGCCUGUGCGGCACCUCGGAGAACGACGGUGCCAGCUGGGCGGGUCUCACCCCCCAGGACCAGCUGCUGUUUUGUGACGACUGCGAUCGGGGUUACCACAUGUACUGCCUGAGUCCCCCCAUGGCGGAGCCCCCGGAAGGGAGCUGGAGUUGUCACCUCUGUCUUCGGCACCUGAAAGAGAAGGCCUCUGCCUACAUCACCCUCACCUAGGCCUGGCUCUGGCGCACCUGGACCUCUGGGGUGGUGCUUCCCGAGCUCCUCCAUGCUCUCCCUGCCCUCAGCGCUCCACAAUGGGAGGGGGAGAGGGGGAGCCCGAGAGCGGGCUGGGGCACCCCCUUCCCUCUGUGCAAGUGGAAUAUUUGCCCUGUGGGUUGGUGGGCCCAGCAGGGCCCCUCUCCCUUCCUCUCUCCUUCCCCAUCCCUUGGCAAAUGGGCACCAGGGGGUUCUGCUCCCCUUAAAGCCAUACCCCGCCUCUGGGCGGGCAUGAGGGGUGGUAGAUGUCAGCCCGAGGCACGGACACAGCGUUUUUCUAAAGAAAAAGUCAAAAAGUAAAAAAAAAAAAAAAGAAAAAAAGAAAAAAGAAAUUAAUAUAUACAGAGUCCUAUAAGGCCUGGCUGGGCAGAGGGGGCACUGCUGAGCACAUCCACUGGGCACCAGUCUAUGCCAGCUUCCUGCCUAGCAGCCCCCCCCACCCAGUUUCUGGAGUUGCAGCUGUCCCACCUCCUCACCCCAAAUGGGCACCAUUCCCCCCUUGUGCCCAGGGCAGGUGGGUGUGGUGUCCACCCUCGCCCCCUCUUGGUGCCCACCGUGGAUACUGCAUGAUGUGAACCAUGGUUUUGAACUCCGCUCCUGCUCCCUCCCUGAGAGCCCCGCCCUGCCCGCUCUGUGCCUGCCUUGGCUGGGGCCUGCCGUGGCUGGUGGGCAUCGGCUGGGGGGGCCAGGCGGGCCCCUGCCCAGCGCCUGCUGGAAUGAGAAGCACAGACUCUGCAACAGACUAGUUUUUCCUCCUUCCCCUGCUCCAGUUCCGCACCGGCCAGGCCGGGCUGCCCCCCUGCCACCCUCGCUGGCCAUUUUGGGGGUAGCAAGGGGGCGUGGUUGUUUCUUGUGGUUGUGUGUGUUUGUUGUUCGGGUUUAAAAAAAAAAGGGAAAUUGAGACUGCAAGUGGGGGAGGCGGUGGGCUUGGGGGGGUCUCCCCCAAUCCAGGCAUGCCCCCCCCUUGUAACCGAGUCUCCUUUAUUGCCUGCCUCUGCUGUGAAUUAACUUGUUCUGUGUAUUAAACUGGGCCUGACCCCUCUGCCUA